AUGGCGGUCCCAAGACCAAAGUUCUCGGAGCUGAAAGUCAUAACCAGGAACCGACUGGUGGAAAUUUUGGAAUCCGUAAGUAACUGUAAAGAAGAAAGCAAUAUUCAGGGCCAAUAGAUUUUCGCAUCUUUUUAAUUCCUGUUGAGAUCUUUAAGUAAAGCCUGGUGUGUCCCAGGUCUAGUCAGUGUAUUUUCAGCCUAAUUAUUAAAUUACUUUUACUUUAAUAUUAAUUUUAAAAAAACUAGAAAUUAUAAAGCUCUAUAAUUUCUGGUUUUUGGUGAUGCUUUUUCAAAGUAUAUUUGCUUGCCUUGUUUUUUUUUUGCUAUUCCUUUUUUAUCCAUAACCAGAAUAUAACCCUCAAGGGAUGUGAGAUAUAUACAUACAGUACAUGUUUACAUUUCAAUUUCUCUUGGGAAACAGCUGACAGGUGUACAAUAGUGCAUUUUACAGUUACAGAAAGAAACAAGGCUGGAAUUGAUCUAGUUUUGAUACAACCCUUCUGCUUUCUCAUGUAAAUCUUGUUAGUUUAAUGCUAACUAGUAUUUUUCUGUCAAUUUUCAUAGGAAAACAAAGGAGGUUGGUAUCAAAACAAUUAGGUCAAACUCAGCUUCACAUUCACUCGAAGGCUAGGGUACUAAGCCCACUUAUGUUUAAUGGUCCAUAAAAAAUCCAAUAUGGUAUGAAUGAUGUGGGUCAAAUUGUGGGAGCCUUGAUCUAAAACAGGAUUAAUCAAGUUAAAAUCAUACGUUUCCCUAUGUAGGGUAUUAAUUAACAGACGGUAGAAAAAUUUCUUGAACUAGGCAAAAAUGGACAUGUCAAGAAUGGGAUAUCAUUUUCCAUUUUAAAGUGGGAUCCAAUUUAUUGGCCUUGGACAUCAUGCUGUUAUUUACAUCCAUGUCAGGGAAGACAAUUGGUUACUCUUGAAAAAUAUAUGAUCUUGGGAGCUGGGUUGAUUUCUGAUUACGUAACGGCAGAGCCAGUGCAAAAGAGAUGGUCUCCACAAUUUAGCUCUUCAGAGAUUGGGAUCGUAGUAGACUCUUAAGAUGAUUACAGGAAUAGCUGCUAGCUGAAAUCAAGGAGGGUUUUCAACAUGUUACUCUAGCUAUAUGGCAAGCAUCUGAUAGUUAGUCAUAUGAAAGAAUGGUGAGUUGAUCGGUCAAAAUAAUAAAUUAUAAAUGCUGAAAAUGCUGUGAACUGUAACUGCCACCCUAAUUUUUUUUUUUUUUAAGUAAAUUUUUACAUUUCAAAAUAUUUUUUUCUUCUCUAUUUUGCUAGGUACCAGAAACCAAAGACCUUGUGAUUGAUCCUCAGUUAAUGAAACCUUUGGACCAUUUCACUGGAGCAUCAUUCCUGAAGGUAUUUGUUCUUUAAAUUUAAGUGUGGAGAAUUUCUGCUUUUAGUUAGUUUAAUAAUGGACACCUCACUAAAAUAGACACACAGAGUUGACCCCUUCCAUUCUUUAGUGAUCUUGAUCAGACCAAGGAAGAAAGGAAAGAAGGGAGGGAGGGGAGAGAGGGGGAUGGUGAAAGUUAUUUGUUGAAUUAAGAAAUAGGGGGUAUUUUAUAAAUUAUUAAGCUAAAUGAUAACAAUGAAGCCAAUAAAUUGGCAGUGGAAAACUGAACCACUUGGUAGACCAAAAAAUGUAGCUGAAGAAAGGAAAAAGGAAUAUAAAAACAGAUACAGUGUAUGAGAAGUUAAUAGACAAACAUGCUUUGUAGAUUCAAACCAAUCAAUUUUAUGUCAUAAUUCUGUCUCAGGAACAUGGGGUAAAUAAGAUCUUUAAACUUGAAACUGAUCGCCUUGAUGUUGGUGGAAACAAGUAAGUUGGUAACGUACAAAAUUUCAGCAUAUUUGUUUUAGUAAAAUUAUGUUUGUCCAUUAUAUAACAAGUAAAUAUUUAUGAGGGAACAGUCUGUAUUGUUGGUAGCUUUUUUGUUAUGAUUGAAGGUAAAUUUACUUUCCCACCUUCAGUUGCAAUUAACAUAAAAGAUCAAAAACAAUAAUUAUUAUUGUUUCCAACUGUCAACUGCCUGAGGACAAAAAGACAUAGUUUUACACUUCAAUAUUUGUAGGAGAAUAUAUUUGCUGAGACCAGAGUUAUUGUUAACCAAGUAUAUUGCAGGUAAGAGGAAUUUUUUUAAUUUGAAAUCUGCAUGGGUGCCUAACGUAAUUUGUGGAACUAAUAAAUUAGCGUCAGUGCUUUCAUGAAUUUUUCACUUCACUUGGUAUGCCAAGAGAUUUGCUGUCAUAAUUAAAUGAGCUCUUGAAUAACCCCUGCUGCCAUUUAAAGAUAUUGAAAACUUCAUUAUUUUUGAGAAAUCAUUGGUGUAGAAAAUUCUGCAUCAACUCUAAUGCUCUUUAUAACCACAAAUUCAAACUUUUCUUCUCCACAGAUCACAUUAACAAUGACAAAAAAAAUGGGAAAAGCAGAUCAUAUAAAAUUGUGUUUGUUCCUAAAAAGGUCAGUGAUAUUAGUCUAGAAAUAGACCAUGGUAUGGAAUAAUGUUACAGUUCAAUGUUGAAAAAAUAACUCAGGUCAUGACAGAUUGCUUCUCAUCAAACUUACAUGCACAGUGACUGUGGAAUAAUGGUACUCAUUCAUGCAUGCCAUUCUUAGAGGUGGUCAGUUGAUAUUUCAUAUCCUGCAGUAAACAUUUUACAAUGUUUUAAAAUUAAACUAAGUCAAUUUUCUUUGGAAACAUUUUCAAAAUUUGGUGUCCAUGGGGGUGAGGGGGAUGGUGUGGAAAUAGAUAUCAAGUAGAUAUCAAGACUGUAUUCAUUUGUUCAAAAGAUGGAUGGAUUUUACUUAUCCGGUGAAUAACGCAAGUGGUUUAUUCCCCAACAUUUGUUUAGCGCCAUCCAGCUUUUGAACAACUGGGGCUAGGUGGUGUGGUUAUGGUAUUGUUAUAUACCAUACGUGGGACUGCUCUGAAUUGGUUUAGAUCGUACUUGUCUGAUAGAAGUCAGCGUGUUUCUGUACAUGGAGUUCUUUCUCGUCCUUUUGACUUGAACUGCGGGGUACCCCAAGGCUCAUGUUUAGGGCCUUUGCUAUUCAUAAUAUAUGCGUCCAAGCUGUUUAAGAUCGUGGAACAUUAUCUUCCUGAUGCUCACUGUUUCGCUGAUGAUACGCAGCUGUAUCUGAGUUUUAAACCACUCGGCAACACUGCUGAAGCUGAUGCUAUACAAGCUAUGGAAAAGUGCAUUGACGCGGUGAGGAAAUGGAUGAUUCAAGAUCGGUUGAUGAUCAAUGAUGAUAAAACGGAGUUUUUGUUAGUCGGCACACGACAACAGCUUGAUAAAUUAGAUUCGUGUUCCAUAACUGUGGGCAAUAAUCGUAUCAGUCCAAGCCCAUGUGUUAGAAACCUUGGAUUGUGGUUUGACAGCAACUUAAGCAUGACUGAUCAUAUAAACAAGGCUUGUAAUGCGGCAUUUUAUCAUUUACAUAACUUGAGACGUAUUAAGAAAUACCUGUCGAGAGAUUCUUUAAUUACUUUGGUUCUUGCUUUUAUAACCAGCCGUCUUGACUAUUGUAAUGGUUUAUUGUUUGGCUUACCAAAUGUGCAGAUCGCUAAAUUACAGCGUGUACAAAAUGCAGCAGCAAGACUUACUCUUGGCAUUGGAAAGUUUUCUCACAUUACACCGGCGCUUUAUGAGCUGCACUGGCUGCCGGUUUCUUUGCGUAUUGACUAUAAGAUUUUACUUUUGACUUUCAAAUGUAUUUAUGGCCUAGCGCCAACUUAUCUUAGCGAUCUUAUUAGUAUAAAAUCGAAUUCAUUAUAUAAUCUUAGGUCUACUGGUAAGCUCUUAUUGGACCAUCCCAAGGGAAAGAUGCUUACAACACUGGGAGCAAGAUCAUUCUCAGCAGCAGCUCCGAAACUCUGGAAUGAGCUACUUGUGGAGCUUCGUCAGGCAACAUCACUUAACAGUUUUAAAUCUCGACUUAAAACCUAUCUUUUUAAGAAGUAUUUUUAUAGUUUGUAACUUAGUUUAUUUUAUGCUCACGGUAAUGUAUUUUCGUUUUCCUUUAAACAUAUGAUUGUAAAGCGCUAUUGAUCAGCACAUGUAAAUACGCGCUAUAUAAAUUGGUAAAUUAUUACUAUUAUUAUUAUUAUAUGAUCAUUAGUUUAAUAGAAAUGUUUUAUUUUCAGUUAUGUGUGUGUGAGAUGAUUUUGGAACAAGAAGGAGUGUAUGGAGGUGAUGUUACAGAUCAUUUUACUUAGUAUGACCUCAUUUUUUCUCAUUUGAUUAAUUUUUUUGUGAAAAAAGGAAACCUUACUAAUUAUGUCGUUUUUGCAUUUUGGUUGCAUGAGCUUUGAUGUCAAAGAAUUGUAUGUUAUUACUUUAUGCGUCAAAGCAAUAUUGCCUAAUUCUGCUAAAGAUGUACAUGUUCAGCUAAUUAAAUUAAAUACAUUAAAAAAAAUAUCCACUUUUCUACUUGUUGAAUAAUCAGCUUGAUUGGACAUGAAUGUGGUUCUUGCAUGAAACAUUCUUCCCUUUGAAGAAAACUCUGCACCAACUAUCAGCCAGGAAUUAAUUGCCAUGUUUGCUGAACUCUACCCACCAAUAGUUAUGAAAACUUGUAACAAGUAAGUUUUGUUCCCUUUUUGUCAAUGGUAAAGGAAUAGCUGAGCCUACAAGUGACCAUUAACACAGGGAAUGACUUUGGAUUUCAGAUUUAUCUUUUGAUGAAUUUCAACUAGAAUUUAUACCUUUGGAUGAAGAUGUGUUGACUUUAGAGAUGCCUAGCUUUCUCAAAGACUACUUUCUUGUAAGUACACAUUAUAUUCAUCUAGUGGGUUGCUUUCAGUUGUGUCUACAGUCUUCAGUUUUGUUAUUUCAUGAUUUUUUCAAACAUUACCGAUGGAGAUGUAAGGGGGAUUUUCUAAUAUUUAUUAUCAGUAAAAACUCUUCAGAUUCCAUCAUUGUCUUCAAACAUCUAGGUGAGUGGAUGCACAUAACAGCUUCGCAAUAUUAGUUACCACUCACGGGUUAGACUCCCUGUCAGUGUCUACCUUGAAGGAUACGGUCUGCAUUCCAUUAGAGUGUUUGUUUACUGACCGCAGCUCAAGGCAUGAAAUUAGGCCAGACAUGGAGGAACCACAGGCGUAUCGUUCCAAGCCUUUUCACGUUAAUUUUAGCCUGUGUGGCAAGUGUGAAAGGGGCAAGAGGUAGAACAUUGAGGUGGAAAAGUGAGAGAAGACUCUCUAACUGCCUUUUUAUUUUUAAGCCCCCCUCCUAUGUUAAGGCUACUGUUAUUAGUUUGAGGUAACUGAUAUCCUUAUACCAAGCACUGGCCCCUUAUUUGAAAUUGCUUAUUAGUCAUAUUUUUUCUGAUAAUUGUCUUGUGUUAUUUCAGGAGGGUGAUCAGACAUCUGUCUCAUUUGUGGCUCGUUCCCUUGUCACAUUGCAACAGCUUUAUGGUACAAUACCAACUAUGUAUGGAUUAGGAGACUGUGCAAAGGUGUGUACCAACAUGUUGGGAAAGAAAACUAAAACAGGGCCACUUAGGCUUUAAUUCAAGUGAACAUGUGGUGGUCGAAGUCCUUGUGAAUGUCAGGUUGUUUGACUGACAGCUAGUGAUUCUCAAAGCCGUCCUGGUCAUCGUUGUCAAUGUAGUAUGUUGUGAUAGUUGUGGUUUUUGUGUGCACUGUGGUCGUUGUGGUCUUCGUGCAUGUUGUGUUUGUCUGACAGCUUUAUAGAACAUGCUCAGCCUUCUAUGCGAGUUGCUGGCUUGAUGUGGUAACUAACUGUCCUGCGCACGAUAUGUAUUAAUUUCCUCAUUUUUGUUUUCCUUUGAUGUAUUUUGACCAUAUAUGUUUCAAUUUGAAAAAUGAAGCUCGCUAACCUUUCUGCCUGAAAAGGUACAACAAAAUUGUGAUGUAAACAAUUUGGAAAGAAUUAACAGAGAUUUUCUUCAUGUAUCUAUGGGCCGCGGUUUCAGUAAGGAAGUUGCUCAAAGCGCCUUCAUCCUGUAGUUCAGGGGCUGAUUAAUAUGAUUUUUACCUUGCAGGUAGUGGGAGAAAUAACCAAAAGCAUUUUAGCUGAAGAACCUAACCCUGUGGAUGGAUCUGAAAUCAGUUCCCUGAUCCUAAUUGACAGGGGUUAGUUGCUCAGUCUUAGCCUACUUAUUUGGGUCAACAGAUUCUUAAGUGUUGUAACUAGCUAGCAUAGCAUAGCAUAGCGAAAGCAGUAGUGUUAACUGGGUGCAGAGUAAUAAGCAAACAGUGUAUGUGGUGGUUUCUGUGUACCAAAGAAUGAGUGGUGCGCACAACUGUGGCUAUAAGUCUGUCUUAUUUCGAAUCAUUUUAAAAAUUGGAAUGCAUUUUCUUGGCUGAAUUUGUGGAGAGAAAAUAGGGGUGGACUAUCUUAACUUUGCUAGUUUGUCAGACUUUCCAAAUGAUUAUAAUUACCUGUGCUCGUAAAAUAUAUAGAGGAUAUUGCAUGGCCACGCAGGGAUACGAGUGAGCAUGUAUGGCCCUAAGCAACGUUUCGCAAAAAGAUACGCGGCUAUUCAAUCUGGUAUAAUGCAAAUGACACCUAAAAUGUAGUGAAGGACUGUUUUGUCCACAAAUAUUAAACUGUACUAUAUCUAGUCAGAUAUGCCAUAGAGGUAAAGAAGGAACUAAUUUCGCCACUUAUUUUUGCUGUAUUGCCUUCAAGGUGCUGACUUUGUUACACCACUGUGUUCUCAAGUCACUUACGCUGGAGUGCUUGACGACACCUUUGGUAUCAAAAGUGGUAAGUUCGUUACCCCAGAAAAAAAGGUUCUAAACUGUGGUAGAAAUUUAGGCGUUUGUUUUAAAAUAAAUUGUGGUGCAGCUUUCUCUGUGCACGAGUAAAACCCAAAAAUUUGGUUUUAUGAACCAUGUUUAUAACUUAGUUUCCCACUGUAGAAAGAGUCAAAGCUAAGGUUCGAAGCGCCAUCUCAUAUCUGAGAAUAAAUCUUGUAGCGAAAGGUCUUGACCGAAAAGGCCUGGCAAGAUGCCGUUCAGGGCCUAGGCAAUAAGAAAUCUUUUUUGACGAAAAAACACUCACGGGGACUCUCUCCCCGCAAAAAGUUUUUUUAAGUGUCUAUUUUCUGACUUUCUUUGUAUUUGACAAUGAUGACACGAUGACACGAAAAUCAUGUGACGUUUUUAUCUAAUGUUUUUUUUCAAAAAUAUGAAUCUAAAUCGAUUCCUAUUACCUAGACUGAAAUGCGGGUAACGGCGAUAUCUGCGGAUCCGCAUGCUAUGUAGGAAUGUGCGGCGUGCAACAAAACCUUACACUGUCACGACGAAUCCAAAAUUAUAUGAUGAAGAACAUUAAUAGUAAUGUAUUUUUUAUUUUUAUAUAUAGUUUUGAUUCUCACAUAUUUUUUGACUUGGAUCGAGUUAGUUGUGGUCCGUUUUGUCUACAGGUGUUGUAGAGUUUGGCCCCGAGGUAACUGGAAAAGACCAAACAACAAAAAUGUUGCUGAAUGACCAAGAUCAGGUGAAACAAAAAAUAAUUUAAAAGAUUAUAACUGCAGAAAACUGCCCGAUCUUUCUUGAAUGGACCACUCUCAAUAUUUCAAGUAGUUAUCGGCUCUCCAGAGCGUUAGCGGCGUUCAGCAGAUAGAGGAAAUAAUUUCAUAUACAUGCUCUCGUAGCUUAUUGUCAUACAUUGUUAUAUGCUAUUUUUUUGGUAAAUGCUCACUGCUUUUUAAACUGACAACUUCUAACGUUUUUUAACAUACUUUUUGGUUUUGAUGAAAGGUUUUCAGCGACAUACGGGAUCGUCAUUUUUCAAAUGUGUUUGGUUAUCUCAGCCAGAAAGCGAAGGAUGUUCAGUCGGGAUAUGAUGUAAGUACAAGUUUCUGCCUGAGUUAUCGUGUUAGAAACUACAUUCAAUUUUACUGUAAGAGGAAAACCAGAUAGAAAUCUUCAUGCCUUAGCACUGAUCGUUUUUUGGAAUUGUCGUUUUUAUUCCAAUAGUUUUUGGAUUGUGUACGUCGACACAGAUAACUUGUUUUAUUUCACACGAUGAAGUUGAUUCAAUUUCUUCCAUUUUGUUUGGUUGGUAAGGUUGAAGAAAAAUAUCAGCUGUUUGUGAUGUUGCAACAGUGUGAUUAUGCUGUCUUUGCAACUCUUCUCUUUUCUCAAGAAUGUCUUCUAUUUCCAUUCGCCAUGCGCGACGUUCCUUAUAUCCGGUUUUAGGUUUCACCUCAUUUUUUCUGAUGUUAAGCGUCUCCAGAAUCGCCGCCCUCAGUUGACUGUUGAAUGCGAAACAGUAGAGAAAUGGAUUCACAAGAGAGUUUAUCUGAAUCAGCAGCUCUGACCAACGAAAAAAGGAGCUUGUACGUAAGAACGGAACAGCCAUUCCGAAGAAAAGUACUGUGAGGGAAGGAACGUAGCACACCAGCAACACAACUGUUAACAUUAAGGUGUUUUUGGCAACGGCAUUCUCGCGCCUUUUUCUGAUUUUUUCAGUGUAGUUCAUUUCAGUAUUAACUCGCUUGUGCAUUCCACGAUAAACCCUGAUAUAAAAAUACAUGAUUAAGGCCACGCAUACCGCCCCUGGAAGAGUAAAGAUAGUGUUCAAGAUUUGUAAAUACCUGUACUGCACCCCAGCCGCCUUAAGUAUACGCCCCGGAGUUGUUGUUAACAGAGCUAACAGCCAUGCCACUAUCGCCAACUUUUUUGUCCGGUUUAUACGGAAAAGAGCGUUGUAAUGCAUCCACUUUGUUACUGCCACAUAUCUCUCCCAAGCGAUCACAGUCAGAUGGUACAGUGAUGUACAAGCAGAAGCGUAUAGUACCAGCUGAUUAGCAAACGCUAUUUCACAAAUCGUGUGACUUAAAUCCUUACGGAGAAGUAGCACGUCUAAACUGAUGCUUAAAGGCAUUGAAGCAGCACCAACUAACAUGUCAGCUACCGCCAUGCUAGCUAACAAAAUGUUCGAGUUCGUUUGUAAUUCUCCUCUUUUCGAUACUGCUCUGAUAACCAGAAUGUUCAGGAAAAUGGUCACGGGACAAGCGAUGCCCGUAAUGAUGGAAGCACUAAGAAACGUGGUUGAAUCGCUUAAAAUCCAUGUAAAUAUUGGUUGGUAUGGACAGUAAAAUGUUGUAACGUUUGCUGGUAAAUCUAUAUUUUCAGUGGACAUCUUGAUAUCAAACAGAAUGGGUCAUCACAAUAGCAUUAAUAGACAGUUAAAUACACAGAUCGCCUACCGGUCGUUUGUCCUCCUUCUUACUAGUAAUUAGGUGGAGAAAGUGUGUUUACCUUAAGUAAAAAAAAAACAGUGGUUUGUUAAUUGGAAGCUUUAUAAGCAAAACCAGCAAAUAAUAGCGGUAAUCUUUUCCGUUCAACUUUUGCUUUAAUUUUCGAGUCUGAACCUUGCCAGAUGAUGCUUUCCCUUGUUGACGCUUUUUCGAAAAGUUGUCUUGUUUAUGACAUGAAAGAAAAGUUUUCCGCUGUUUGUAUAGCUCUAGAUAAGUAUAUUCUGGAUUUUAGCUCUCUUGUUUUAUUUUCUUAUAAUGACGCUCUGGCGAUAGUAAAUGGAAUUUAUUCAGUAAUUAGAAAAGGAUUUUGAACUGAGUAAUUGAAAAAGGAAAAACGUAAGCUUUUGGUUAUCUGGUAACACAACGACACAGAAAUGCAGCUGUCAAGUUCAGUUACUAUUAAAAAAAAACCACUUGUGCUACGAUUUAGCAUUUACAUGGUAUAACAGUAAUAAAAAAAUGACAUGAGAAUAAGCAGCAAAAAUACAGACGUCACUGUGAAAGUGACAUGCGUAACCCAUGAAAUCUGAAGAAUUUAACUUAAUUUUUAUGCAGCUUACACAAAAGUGCUGACAUGUAUUUCCCCAAAAAAUGUGAAUUGGCGCGGAUAAGCAAAGAAAGAUCGCGUUCCUGUCUUCUUUCUUCCACGCGCUAGAAAAGCAAAAAUAUUUCGCGAUACAGAAUUACUUUAUUUUAAAAUAUAAACAGCCUUAAAACAGAAGUAAUGUUUCUUCUCAAUACUCCAACUAAAUUACAAAAUAAGAUCUCUCCAUGCCGAUACCAGAGUUGAUUCAUUUAAAAACGAUUAAUUUUCAUUUUUUUUUUUUACUUAUUCCUCGUCUUUUAGCUUAAACCGCAGCUGCCACAGAACGAAAGAGUGAUUCGUGUUCCUAAAACGUUUAAAACUGCUGCGGCUGUUCUUCGGACACUUAACCCGUAAUUUUUCAUUUUAAAUUCAGUGAUUGAAGUCGGUUGAGGAACAAUUGGGUAUGUGCCAGCAUGUUUAAAGGUCUUAACCUUUUUUUUUUUCAUCAGGGUAAUAAAAAAAAGUGUAUGUUUAGGUUUUUUGUAACCGCCUCGUUUGCUUAACGCACCUAAUCGAUCAAUUAAUCAAUCAAUCAUUUAUUUAGCCUUCACCAUACACGCAAGCACCUCUCAACGUCGAAAAUUGCUGUGUUCACGUCGCGCACACAUUCAAAUAACAUGCUAAAGAACUUCACAAGCCCGGUACACCAUUCAUACAAAUUUCUGUUAAUAAAAUUCUUGCAGGCGGUGUAAAUAGUACAAUUAAAAACACGCUGAAGUGUUUGCUUUGAACUGAUUAGGAUUCAGUUUGGUCAUUGUUUUGAUUAAACACAGAGUUUAUUAAGUCAAGGCUGGGUCCGCCGGCGGCGGCGUUUUCAUGCCUGUAGAUGUCUCCCUUAACGUUGUUUCUAGCAGAAAACAACCUCAUGAUUUUCCAAUCUGCGAGAAGCAAUACCCGAUGCGAGAAGGAAGCACGCGUAAUAUUUGUUCUCGCGCGUGUCUUCCUCUCUUCCCACGCACACUUAUCUCGUUCCCCAUGCAUCUUAUGCGGCUGCUUCUCAAGCCGUCUGUACUAGGACUAAUAACUGUGACUUGGGCUAACUCCGCAGUAAUGGAGAAAAUGCGGUUAUUGUUAUAGAAACGACAGAACCUGUCAUCUGUGUCAGAGAUGAAGAAGUUUGUGUCUGAUGAACUAAGAGGGUUGAGGGAUCAACAUAAGGGACUGGUGAUACGUAAGUUGAAUGUUCACUCAAACCUCCUUAGUACGCGGAACACUGAGCACUGGGCAUCACAAGGUGUCCCGGCGUAGUACCAAAAUACUAAAGUAAUAAAAUAUAUAGGACAUUAACAUCGUCAAAUUAAACAUUUAUAACCGUCACAAAGCCGUUGUCCCGCGGACUGUGUCUAUGGAAGCAUGCAAAAGUUGCUCACGUAUGCAUUUUUAAACAAAAACCGUCCUCUCCAUAACUCGUUUUAUGCUAAAGUAGUCUGAAAUUGACGUCUACAAUUCAUCCUUUCUAGCGUAUUGUAGCGCUGGGAACAUCGGCAUGCUGUCACUUGAAGGUCUUUUUUUACGUUCAAAAUGGAAAGGCUUAUCACAGCACGCAGUUGACAAUGAAGUGUCCCUAUUAGCGAGUUUGACUUUCUAUGAGAAUCUGUUGAUUGGGCAAGAAACAAGUGUCCAUUGUCAGCAUAACUAGUGUCCAUAUUCAAGGGUCGAAUUCAGAGAAAAUGUAAGGGUCUUUCCUAGGGACAAAGAAAAUUGUCCGUACUGACUGUAUAUAGGAUUUAAUGGGCCGAAAACAAUUGUGGAAUUGCACACAUUUUGGGCAUCCUUCUGAUGAGAAGUUAGGACAUUCAUAUAUUUCCAUCGACAACCAUUCUUUGUAGUCUGUCCCCUUUGUUGAUACAUCUGACCUGGCCUUUCAAAUUCUGACUGGCUGAGUCACUAUCUGACGGACUGACGGAGGGACUGUCUGCCUGUUCGACUGUGUGAUUGACUGACGCCUAGUCCCUAUCGUUUGAAAAGAACUUCCUUGCCAGAAAAGUACAUUUCAUACAAAUUCUUUUAAUUUAUACCAGAUCAUUUUUCCGGCAAAAACUAAACCUAACUAAAACUAAAAUUUCCAGAUAUUGGUGCGUGCGAGACGGUGCUGAAGACUAAGACGAAGGAAAACUUUGAACGGCGGCUUCGCGCAGAACACAGUAUGUAACGUCCAUGGUCAUUUUUUGCUUUGUUUGUUGAUAAAAAUAACUUGUCAUGGUUUGAGCUAUCAGAAUUGCUCCUUUUUGUAGUAUGGGUUUUUAACGUCCAUGGUCAUUUUUUGCUUUGUUUGUUGAUAAAAAUAACUUGUCAUGGUUUGAGCUAUCAGGUAGUCCUUUUUAAUUGCUCCUUUUCUGGAGCACGAAGUUCUUUUGUUAGAACAACACGCUGCUAAACGGCUUUUAUCAAAGAGGUUGUUUUAAACUUCAGUUUGUUAUUUCUUCUUUGCUGGUAUGAACCUUGACAGUUAAUAGCCAGUGAAUAUCUCAGAGUAAUUUUCUUUCUUUGUUGUUAUAGAUAUGCUAGAGCUGAUUGAAGACAAAGGGGAUAUUGAUUAUAUAGAAGAAUGUAUCAUAAGACAGGUUUGCCCCUUCUAACGGACUAUAAAAUGCAAACAAAAGGACGCUUUUGCCCGAGGUCCGCAACUGAACACUACCAGUUUAAUAGAAAUGCGUGUAAUUGCAAGAAGUUUUAUAAUUGCAGUGUGUUAAUUUAAUUAACCAUCUGUUUAUUACAUGUAUUAUGUUUUCAAUAACUUCCUCUGGGUACGGAGUCCUUCCACAGAAGUGGUAUAGUCUGUAGGAACCGGUCUGUGGGCCUUUUUUGCGGUGGAAUCUUUUUACCUUGCGGUGGACACAUAAAUGGUGAUGAGGUCAUAGCCUUUCUUUUGCCUUUAUCUCAUGAAUAAAAUGCGGCGGAAUCUCAUUAGGAUAAGGCCGUGUGAGGAGUUACGUCACGACUCAGUGGUUUUAAAUAACAGGCGAAUUAGCGCUAUUUUAUCGUCAACAUGAGCCUACCAAUGGAUAAUUUUCUACGCUUUUAGUCAACCAACAAAGAAGCAAGACAUUCAUUGACUUAGCAAAACCUGUCCAGCGGGUUAAAGUACCAUGAUCUUAUCUUUAUGAGAUUCCUCCGCAUUUUAUUUAAAACAUAAAGACAAAGGCAUGGACGUUAAUGUGUUCCACCGCAAAUUAAUGAGAUUCGACCACAAAAAACGCCUCACUUGGUCCCUACUAUACUACUUGCCACAGAGUAGUUUGAAGAACAAGACAAGUUUAAUGUUUGUAAACUCAUUAGCGUUACCACACGAGUUCCUCAAAAUAGCAUCUCAAAAUCAACCCAAGUUUUAUAUUGUGAAAUGCUGAAAAGCAAACUGCAUCGUGCUAAAGUGUUGCUAAAGGGGUUUUACUUGAAUAGUCACACCAUAGCAUUGUGUUCACAGACUUAAAUGUAGCAGCAACAAAAAGCCUGGUUAAUUUAGAUUCUUAAGUGAUAUAAAGUAACCAUAUAAUUUUCAUGGUCAACAGGUGAAUUCACCGAAAACUCUGCAACUAUUGUGCCUGCUUUCUGUAACGCGCGGUGGUAAGUUUUAGGAACGUGGACAAAGUUGUUCGAAUCUCGGGAUGAAUUUGAUAAAACUUUUGCAAGUGUAAUUUAGCAGUGAAGCAAUAACCAUACUCCGGCCUGCCUUAACUGAAAAGGGAUAGACUUUAAAAGAUCGUUGCUCAUGUAUAAAUCUGUCGCAACCGUUCAUAGAUAGGACCCCUCAAAUGCACACAAUUCCACAAUUGUAAACGAGUCACCUAACAUUUCAUUACAGUAUAUUUCCGUAACGUUUGUUCACUUGACAUCACACUGUUUUAGCACCUUGUGAACAGUUCCGUUUAAAUCUCUUUAUUACUAUUAUUACGUUUUAGGACUUGAACCCAAACUGCAUCAAACCCUAAAGCACAGAUUCCUUCAGGUGCGUUAAUACGUGUGCAGUGCUUCUGCUGUGUUUCCAAGCACUCGAGUUCGGUUUUAUCGUCUUUCAUCAUCACUCGUUGUAGAAACGCAAUAUGAGGUUAGUUCGCAGGGUUCGGCAGUGUAUUCCGACUUUUUUGAAGAAGACAAAAUAAAACGUGGUACAAAACGGAAAGAUAGUUUGCAACAUUAGUUAUUUAAGUAAUCAGAAUUAUAAGCGAGUAGUGUUUAAUUUGCCCAGGAGACUUCGUCACAAACUACUGUCCUUAAAGAUUGCUUGAGAGCCGGCUCUGCUUUGUGCCUUACAGCAGAACCCUUUGUAACCAUGACAUUCUCAUGGAUACAUGCUAUUUGUUUUGUGCUUUCUCAACUCAUUCGAUGUUCUUACUUUAGGUUUAGUGUGAGUGAUAUCCAUAUGUAGGAGAUUCCCAGGUAACAGUGCACUGUUGCCCUUUGACGUUAGAAAAUUAUGGUGGGAAACAAUUUUCCGUGUUAGAUACCACGUGAUCUCGAAGGAGACAAUGAGGGAGCCCGUAAAUGGGAAAAAAAUCCAGCUAUAGAAUUGUUGGCUUCACACUAGGGACCUAGGUGCACUUGAAGUGAUGUUUUGACGUAUUCAUCACGUGGACGCGCAUGCUGGAUGGAACAGCAAAAGGUUUCUCGCAGUGGUUUCUCUCCCUUCGUAGCGUAGUGUCCGGCCUGGAGAAACCACUGCUUGCAGGGUAGCCCUGGUGAGAAUUGGCCUAUGAAUCCAAGGUUUUUAAAAAAUUUUAUUGUUUUGUUAACAGAGUUUUGGUCAUGAUCACAUGUUGACGUUUAGUACUCUUAAGCAACUGGGGCUUUACACGGAAUUCGAUUCACAGGUGAGCCACUAAGCUUUGGCUUCUACCGGUACCACCAAUACUACUUCUACCCCUACCACUAACACCCCACCUCUACCACUACUAUUGCCCCUAGGCCUACCUCUUCCACUAACACCUUACCCCUACCACUACCACUAACACCCCAGCACUACCGCUACCACUAACACCCUACCCCUACCACUACCCCUACCCUACCCCUACCGCUACCACUAACACCCUACCCCUACCAAUAUCACUAUUCUUUAGAUAUUGAUAGAAUUAGGCGACAUAUAAACAAUAUGAAAGAGAAAUAUCGAUCAACCUGGCGACACAGCCUUGAACAUUUAAAGAAAUUAGAAUUCUGUAAAGUUUUGAAAAAUGAAUACUCUACAUCCCAUUAUUUGCACCAGCUAAGGGCCUAGGCUAAACUUAGUUAAGUUCAUGAAAAGUUCGACGUCUGGCUCAGUUAAUCUGUCUGUCUGCUUCAGACGGAUGGAACGUCUGACGAUCGUCUCCGGGACAAACGUUGAUCUUCACAUGCGAUGAACUAAACUAAUAAAUUAAAAGUUGUAGAUAACGUAUAUUUAGCCUCGUUCGGCUAAAUUUGCGUUUUGGUCUGAAUCAGUUGAUUGGUUCGACGUUUCCUAAGUUACAAGUCUGACCCAACAGACGACCUUAACUUAAUUUAGGUCGACCCAGAUGAGAGUUUAGUUCGUCCCAUAAAAAGUUCGGCGUUUGGCAUAGGCCCAAGAAAUUUUAAUGGAAGACGAAAGUUAGUCAAGUUUUAAGUAAGUAAUCACAAACUUAUGGUUGAAGUAGGUCGAUAUCAGAUCGAUCAUGUAGCCUGAGAAAAUAGGUUACGUCCAUUGUGAACUCGUAAAAUACUGAAUUACUCUUCGCAGUAGAGACAAACUUUUUUAAACAAACUGAAUGAAAUAGUACCUGACAUUAAAAAGAAAUCGACAUCAGAAGGCAUAAAACUUCUCAUGAACUCCAACGACUAUCAUGUAAAUAAGCUGAUAAUGAAAUUCAUUUCCUCCUGUACCAAGCGAAAGGAAUGUAACUUAAGUUAAUUAGUGUACUAUAUUUAUUAAAAUAGGUUAGCUUUUGCAAUACUGUAAAAUGUUACGGUCAUGCUAAUAAAGCAAUUUAUUACUUAUUACUUACUUGCCACUACCCUUACCACUAUUAAUACCACGACUACCACUGUACUACAACUAUCACCACCACUACCAAUAUAGCCUGUGCCAGGCUCUCAGAUAGUAUAGUGGGAACGUAUUAAAACGAGCAAAGCGAAAAUAAGACGCGCACGACUUGGGAAAGGGGGCGGUGUCUCUCCCCAGCCCCCGCGCGUUUUUCGCAUUUCUUAUUACUGAACGACUUUCCACCACCAUCUCGGAGCCUGGAACAGGCUACUACCAAUAACACUAUUACUCCCACUACCACCACUACUACCCCUGAAACUAUCACUACCACUACCCCUACCACCACCACAACUGAUACUGCUACUGAUGAUGCCGAGGCUGGCGGGCGAUAUUGUCGCUAAUACUGUGAUUUUUGUUUUCUAACAGAGGAGAAACACUUUCAAAACUCUCAGCAAACGCCUAAAUCUGGUAUGUAUUGUGCAACAACUGGUCUGUCGCUGUCGAUGAGUUGAAACGUGGGGAUUGAGACUGGACAGAUUUUCAUGGUUGCUUUUCCAUGUUUUUGAGAAAGAGUUGAUACUGAUUACAGUGAAACAUGACUAUUAAGCGCACGCCAUUUUACGCAGGCUCCCUGUAUCUUCUUUCGUUCCCAUCUUUUCUGUAAAACGAAGCAGCCAUGUUAAGCGGACACUAGAAUUGGUCCCGUGGGUGAUAGCUUAUUAAGGCUUUUUUAUAUCAACAGGUGCCAAAAGAUGGGAAUAAAAUCGAUCUCAAGAAGCCGCAAGAUAUGGCCUAUGUAUUUAGUGGUGCGUUCACACCGAUUUCCUGUAGACUUUUGGAACAGGUAAGCCUGUUACAUGAAUAGAAGGUUACAGAGAUAAGGGGAAAUUACUGAUAAAAUUUCCUUUUGUUAACAUGCAAGUCUUGAGAAUAUUUUUUCAUCAUGCUGUUUUCUUGGACAAUGUCCUUUAAACAUUUUCUUUUUUAAAAAAAGACGUUUUCAACAUUAUAAAAAACGGAUCGUGCAAAAGAGCAAGAUGAAUUGCGUUAGGCGAUAACUUUGGGAUUCGGAGAGAAUAUCCAGCGGAUUUUUGGCACUUUGCUGUUUUCCUGCAAUUCAAAAUAUUGAAUUAUUGAGGGAUGGACAAAUAUAAUUUGGGUAUUUCAAACUGUUUUGUUGUAGUAAGUUAAGUUUAUUUUAAAAUUCAGUGUUUUAAUUUGACCAUUUCCGGUAAAGUAUAUUAAAAAACAUUUAAAAGAAAGAUAAACGAGCAAUGUUACUUCGACUUGGAGAAUACCAUUGCCUGAAACUCCGUUUUUAUCAAGGUUUUGUCGAAUGGAUUUUCUGCUUUUGAAGAGAUGUCCAGACUUCUUGGUGUCAGUGUUUUCUCUUCCCAGAUGCCUCUCUCUGCGAGACGUAAGUUGAUUUCCUUGCGUUUGGGAUUGUAAAUCAAGAGAUUUAGCUGCUUUCACUUUUCUUGGCUCUUUCCCCAUUACAGAGAGACACAGCUUCUGUACAAUGAGCAUGCAAUAAUCAAUAAUAACCCUUGUAGAAUAAUUUGAGGGUUUUAAGUCUGGCACAGUGGUGAGAGCACUCCCCUCCCAUCAGUUUGGCUCGGGUUCAAAAACCCGGUGUCGACACCUUAUGUGGGUUGAGUUUGUUGUUGGUUCUUUCCCUUGUCCCGAGAGGUUUUUCUCCGGUUUCUCCUAUUUUCUCCUCUCCUCAAAAGCCAACAUUUUGUAAUUUCAAUUCGACGAGGAAUGGGAGACGAAAAUCACCAUGUCGAUGUGCCACCUCUAAAUCGUUAUAUAUUGUUUUUCCUUCUCUCUUUUUCUCUUCAGAUUCUAAUUUAAACGACACCAAUCCAGGAGGAUCAAAGUGUAAACUAGUUAUGUUUCUCGGUGGCUGCACCUUCUCAGAGAUCUCUGCCAUCAGGCUUUUAGCCAGAAAGUUAGGUAAGUUCUGACCCACCUAUAAAGUUACCUAAUUUUUGUGGUAGUGGAAAGGAAAACGACUUUUGAGCCCUUCUCACACUGGUGAGACCAUUGUGACCUAGUCUUGCAUCUGUCAUCCUUGGUUAUGAUUCAUUGACUCUGAGCGCGAAAAUAGUUGGUAUAUAAUAAUAAUGAGAGAAAGCAAACUACUCUCCAGGCUUUGUCAAUUUUAAUACAUUCCUCCGGAAAAAGGGUGAAUUUUACCCGCCCUAUACUACUACUCCAAGCUACUCCUGGGUUGUUCUCUUUAAGCUGGGAAAUUUACUUGUCAACUCAACCAAAUUUCUGUUUCACUCUUUAACCGACGCAGCCCUUCAAUUUUUUUAGAAACUCAACUCUAUCACAGAGUUACUAAGCAACAAUGAGCCAUCGAUACCCAGUUCCACACCUGCAACACGUGACUGAGCAGUGUAGACUGGGUUCAUUUUCUCUCUGAAAUUUCAUUGUUGUUUUCAAAAUUUUUCAAAAUUUAGGAGCGUUCUUUAUCGCCUCGUAUUCUUCCUUUGUUGACACUUAGCUUGUUCUUUGGUUUCUUCUAUAAGGUUGUCGAAUUAUUGUCGCUACUACAGCUAUUGUAAAUGGCACUAGAUUACUGGAGUCCAUAUCAACACCUCAUUAGGAUAAGAGGCUAAAAUCCUCCACACGAACGAGUUCCUUCGCUACAUGUCCUUAGUUACUGGUACAGCGACAACUGACUGGAUAUGAACCCUGCGAAGAUAGCCUUAUCCUGGGAGGAAGAGCAGAUGGACAUAGAAAUUUCAACCGUACGGGACUGAGCUCCUCUAAACGUUUUCUAACCUGGUUAAAACCAGCAUUAUUAAUCUAAAAUCUUCCAACAAGUAAAUGGAUGAAUAUCUUAAGAGGAUUCUUAGUUGUUUAAAAUAACGAUCCCGUUAUUUGAGACUCAGUAGAUUCAGCCUUUCUGUGCAG